AUGGGACAACGGAUUUCUGCACACCAAGAUCGACAGAAAGUUAAAAAUUAUCCCAAACCAAUACAAAAAGAAAUCGUCGAAAUUGUCUAUGAUGACAGUGAGGAGGCGGAAUUGGGGAACGCGGUGGAUCCAGAUGACCGGUUGACCAUGGUCUUACAAGAGGCGGAGGUCAAUGUCUGGCAAUCAGCAGUCGCACACAAUGACUCCGUACAAAAUGUGACUUUGUUCCAACGAAUGGGUAGUAGAAAACAAAAGUUAAUCCGAAACGUCCCAUGGUUCAUGCAGUCAAAACUACAGAACACUUCACUGUUGUCAACGGAUUCGACUAAAGGAAAACUGUAUGUAGACGAAUCAAAUGAUACUGAAAAUCUGGAUCAUAACAAAGAAUACGUUCCCAUCAAAUUACCGGGAAAUCACGAAGUUUAUAACAAUUUAACUUCCACACAAAACACAUACCUUGUUGCCUCACAAUUUGACCAUGUCACAAUUGGAAUCACGGAUGAACCUAACCAAAUGAUAAGUGAAAAGGGGGAAAUGAUGGAACUGGUGCACUCUGCUGCUAAUUCCUUAAAAUCAAGUUCACAGAAGAAUCAGUUUGCGGAAAAAGCCAUCCUGCAGACGGACCAGACUUUAUGUCCCUCAACCGGUUACUCUCAGGACAAUGAAAAUGAGGACCUCGAAAAAACGCAAACACGUGAGAAACGAAGGCGAUUGUGGCGUCGUGUAUUAAACCAGCGCAAAGUGGAAACUUCUCAGAUGUACGCUUCUGUAGACACAACAUUAGCUGACACCCCUAGCAUUCCCGAACCAAAUCACCAGUAUCGGCAGCGGGUAGAGUCAUCAGUAGACAAUGAGUGUCAAUUGCUUGAGGCGGAGAAACUCCCGGAACCCGGAAAACAUAGAUUCGUUAUCAAAAAAUCGUCUUCUAUCUCACAUGAUCAAGGAAAACCUAUUAUUCAAGAGCGAGAGACUUCACCUCCGGAGCAUGUGGACCGGGAUUGUAUCUCCACAGAAUUCGGUUCGGGAACUAUUUCACCCCUAUUAGUACCCUCACCACUCGAUUUGAAACAAUAUGCCAUUCGUUCGUCUUGUAUUCAUUCUGGCGAUGUCCGUCCCACCAUGGAAAACAUGGUUCAACCAACCAAACCAAUGAUUAUGCCCAGUCCCAUAAAACCGCGAAUAAACUGGCGCAGUGAUCCUCGUUUCACAGAAGGUUUUGAGAACGAAAUAAUAUCCACAAUAAGUGGCCCCACAUGUACAGUAACAGUAACCGCGCACAGUCCGAAUGUGAACAAGGGCCAUUUCAAAUCAUUAACUCUGAUUACAGUAAAACCAGAUGAUAAAAGCUCCGCGACGACUCCGGCGAGUUUUUCGUCAACACUGAAGUCCGUGGAUGAAAUGCAAGAGAACGGCAUUCAUCUGGACGAUUCCAUUCAUCCUGGUUCGGACGAACUACAACUAGUGCCGGAAUGCUUGCAAAUGAUGAAGCAUACAUAUUGUACACAAACUAGAAAGCGGUUUGGACUCUUAGUCCGAGAAACACCUUUCAUUGGUGGGAACGUAACCAAUAGAACUAGGCGCAAAAAUCGUAGGCAACGUCCCAAAUCCGAUGUGCGCACCUCUCGCACACCAUCCGGACGUGUAAGCUAUCAAGCCGGUUCUUGCGCAUCCGGUCCAGUGAUAUCCCACCCUGUACAUAUUUAUACUUAUCGUUUUUGGGUGGCUUGUGAACCAUGGAUUGAACAACUAUUCAAAAGCCCGCUGGACAGACGAAUUGAGUCGAUCGGCCGAGCCUCCGAUUGCCGAAUUCGCCUGACACGGAAACGACGACGCAAUGCCAAGGGAUUCAGGCAACAGAUGGUAUCUAUUAUCGCCCCGAACGCGCAAGCUCUGGAAAAAUGUUGUAAAAUGUUUGAUGACAAAUUUCCGUGUUUUUACGCCACGGCAGGACUAAUUUUGAGUCAUGAUCAGCUGGUCCGACUGACCAAGAGCCCCAGUCUCAAUACAAAAUGGGACUCAAGAAAUCAACGCUGUAUUUCCGCCCAAACAGUACAUUCGCGAAUGCGGCCCUUUAUGAAACCCGAGAUGUCGGACUAUCCCGGUGAUAUAGCUGAUAAUCUAGCAUACCAUCCUCAUACAUCUAUGUGGACAUCUGGCUUGAAUUCGCAAUUUUCCAACUUUUCUUGA